AAAAUGUCAGUUUCAUCUUAGUUUAAAAAGAAUAUGGCCGUGUUAGGCCAGAAUGUGAGUGUAAAUAUGAAUGGACACAGUAAUAUUCAUAGUCAGUUAACAAAAUCAUUAGAAAGAAUUUUGGAAGAUGCUUACUUAAGUGGUGAAUUAAAAUUGAGCGGACGCAAAUUACGCGAGUUUCCAAAACCAGUGAAGUUUGACUUGAGUGAUACAGUUAUUGCUGAUUUAUCGAAAAAUCGGUUUGGGGAAUUGCCAGACGAAGUGACCACAUAUAUUUUUUUAGAGAAGUUAUUACUGUCACAAAAUGUCAUAAGGAAUAUUCCUGAUGCUGUUGGAGGUCUUCAGUCACUUACAUAUUUAGAUUUAAGCUCAAACCAGCUCACAGAGCUACCGCGUGAAGUAUGUCAGAUGCCACUUCAAGUUCUUCUCGUGCCAGACAACCUGCUGAUGACUCUGCCGAAGGAGAUCGGCAAGAUGACGACGCUGGCGGAACUGGACGCGUCAAAUAACAGGCUGACACAGGUGCCAAUGACGCUGGGAGACUGCACGGGGUUACGCUGUCUGAAUCUAAGCAAUAAUCAAUUGGGCCUUUUGCCUUUACAAAUCACAUACCUCCGCCUAGAACACCUAGAUGUAAGCUGUAAUUGUAUCUCUUCGCUGCCUCUGGAACUACGCAACAUGUCAACGAUCAUCACAUUGAAUCUGGAAAAUAAUCCUCUAGUCUCACCACCUACAACUAUAUGCAUGCGCGGGCGCGUGCACAUAUUCAAAUACUUAGAUAACAUGGCGAAUAAGGAUUCACUCACACAUAGAAGGGUAGAAGAAACACGCCGCGGUACAAAGCAUACGUCAUUCAAUUCGCCGGGACAAACGCAGAUGAUAACAUCGGGUAACGCUACCAUAGAUUGCCUUAGGCAUAAACCCAGACAUGUAGUUGACAGCGGGUAUAGCACAGAUGGCGUUGAUAAGCGAUGGUCCAAUGAUGCGGGUGAAUUAGGAGGUGGAUCUGGUCGGUCGACGCCGAGCACUCCAUCGACUUUGUCACCCGGAGCUGCUCUAUCCAGAGCCCAGUCAUUGUCCAGCGAAUCUCCAUUGGCACCAUUGACACCUAUCCUUACCGGCAUCCGUAUUUCACCCGAAGGGAACGGCGAGGAUAAGAGUAAAUUAGCUCAUCAACAGACAUACAGACAAUACAAAGAAGCCUUAAGACAGCAGCGGCAGCAAGAUGUCUACCGACCCCGCACCGACCAACCCUCCCCAGAGCUAGACACUUCACCGCAAUCCCAAAACCAAAGUCCUGUCCACUUCCAGAAAUCCAGUUCGCCCGUCAACGGAUUCAGUAACGUAUCAUACAACAGAUCACUCUCUUCAAACUCACCAAAUAACAUACCAACAUCUCCCCUCCUACAUUCCACCCCACGCAGGUUUCAAAACGGAGAGAAGAUCGAAGAAAACAAAAGGCCCGUACAAAAAGUCGUACCAUCACGGAACGUAGCAAAAACGUUCUCGCCCGUUAACUUGAACGUUGACUACGCACGCGUCAAUGGCGACGCGUAUACAAAGCCGACAUCGCCCACAAAAUCUCCGACCAACACGUUAGGUUAUAAAAGGCAGAAUGGUGAGGCGAAAUUGUUGACAGCGACGUAUUUAAAAGGUGGCGCGAAACCGAAGAUAUGGAGUAAGGACGCGGUGGACAAACUCAGCUUCACUAUGAAGAGGGAGUUCGAUAAGCAGAAGGAAGAGUCGGAUUUGCUGCAUCAGUUAAGAGUGAUAAUCGAAAGCCGACUAAAGAUGUCCCUGCCAGAACAGUUGGCCCCAGUACUGGCGGAUGGCGUAGUCCUCUGUCACCUGGCGAACCAGUUGAGGCCGCGGUCUGUCGCCUCUGUACAUGUACCUUCACCUGCGCAGCCGAAACUUACAAUGGCUAGAUGUAGGAGAAACGUGGAUAACUUUUUGGAGGCGUGUCGGAAAAUUGGAGUCGAAGAGAAACUUAUGUGCUGCGCGGCAGAUGUUCUCGAAGGCAAAGGGACUGUGCAAGUAGCGAUCACGGUUACUGAGCUGUUAAGACGACACUCUGUUAUCAAGGAGACACUCUCACCGAGUUCAAUUCCUGUCCCUACACCGCCCACCUAGCGUAAAUUCACCUUAGCCCCUGAAUCCGGCCUCAUACUUUAGACUCAAUACUUUAGGAAGUGAAAGAGACGGCUAUAUUUUUAUUAGCUGCGUUUGAGCGAUAUCGAACGUAUUUUUCCUAUUUAUAUUGAGUUAAGCUAGUCUUUAUUAGAACAAGAUGUCGUUUCACAGAUGUUUUUAAAUUUUGAAGGUUUAAAUUGUUUUGUCAUGGUAUAUAACAAAUUAUCUUACAUUUAUGUAUUAUUCAAAUAUUUAUUUUAAAAUGAAUUGAUUCAUAAAUUGUUCGUAUUAGUAUGAGAUGUUUCGAAUAAUAUUUAAAAGGUUUACCUAUACCUCUGCUGGUUUUGCGACCCAAAAUGUUUAUGUUUUUAAACCCUCUUUCAUCAGCGUUUAAUCGUUAUAGUCAAUCUAUAGUUUAACAUUAUUUUUACAAUCCAAUAAAACAAUCACAAUUUAAUUCGAGAGAUACCUAAAAAUUACGGCUUUAAGACAAUAGAUUAGACGCAUGGUCCCAUAUCAUCGGAUUUUGAUACGUGGAAGAGUUCGUACUUAAUUUUGUCUAUGAAUUUUAAUAUUUCCAGUAAUGUUUAGGAAUUAAAACCUAGUCAAUUUAAACCAAAUCUCACAAGACCGACCGACUACAAUUCGAAGGAAAAUAUAAUUUUGCAGUUCCUACAAAUUUUACAAGCUGAUAGACUUAUAUUCUUAUGUGCGAACUUUGACUACAAACGUCAAAAUGACGUACGUAAGUCAUACUCAGCCCUAAGUCUGAACCUGUGAUAUGAAUAUAACAUAAAACAAAGUAGCAGGAGCUCUCAAACUUAUAUUUUCCUAUUACACUUUCAACAAAACUCAAAAGUUGACUCUGAAUAUGAAUGUUUUAUAAAAUACAUGAAAACGUUUAUUAAUCGCAUUUCGUGAGGUCGCAUAGAUCGUUCUCCAUUUAUCAUUCAACCUGCAAAAUCUUUUACAAAAUACGUAAUGAAUAGGUAUUUUAUAUUUUGCAACAAAAAAUUACUAGUUUCAUAUUUUCUAUUUAGGUAAUGUCGAAUCCUCUUAUUUGUUCGUAUCGGUGCUUUGAAGUAAAUAAACGGGGCAAAACGCGUAAAGUGCGAUAAUGAAGCCCUUUCGUCUAGGUAUUGAUAUCGACAAGCUUGACAAGAUUUAAGCGUGUAGAAUCAUUCUACCAUUGUGUCAUAUUAGGUUAUGAAUUUCCUACCAUAAAAUAUGUGUUUAAUUUACGGAAUUAAUUCUGAUGAUUUUUAUAGAAACAAACAGCUCAUAUUAUUGUGGGCAUCAGACUGUGAAAUAUAUACCAGUUUUAAUAAUAUUGACGUCGAAAUCUUUUAGUGUUCCCAGUUCUUUUAAUAUAAGCGCUGAUGUUCCAAACUUGGAAUGGUACGAAAUAUUGAAAAGUGACUGAAGUAGUUCUUGGAAUUCUCGUGAAUUCUUUGUCUUUUUAGUGUAUGUAAAAUACACGAAAAAUUAAUUUUUAAGUAGAAUUUUGUGUUGUUAAAGCUAGAAAUUAGAUGUAAAUUUUCUUUCUCAUUUCUUAGUUUGAGAUUGGUCGAUUUAAAUAAAUAUGUGAGUUGCACCUAGUGCCUGUGUUUACGCACAAAAGUAAAUUCUAAAUUUUAAUGCACUCAAUGUAGGUAAUUUUUAUAUGGAUAUACAUUUAGUAUAGCGUGACUUCCUUUAAAACCUUAAAACGUGUAAUAAUCGAUUUUUCAACUGUGAUGUGCCGAACAAGUUUCCAUGUUUAAAAGAAUAGGGAAACUACCGAUGUAGAAAGUACGAAUAAUAAUAAUAAAAAAACGAUUUUGCAUUAGGGUUAUCGCUAUAGACAAUACGAAGCCGAUAA